AUGGAUCACGAUUACAGAUAUUAUCUAUUGUUCCAGAUAGGAGUGGAAGGAUUUGAAAACGACGACGACGAAGAGUACCAAGAAGAGGAACAAAACGUAGAAGAAGAAGAAGAGGAACAAAACGAAGAAGAAGAAGAAGAAGAAGAAGAGGAACAAGACGAAGAAGAAGAAGAGGAAGAUGAAAACGAAGGAGAAGAAGAGACGGAAGAUGAAGAUGAUAACGGCGACGGCGCGGAGGAGGGUGAAUUGAAUGGUAACAACGGUGACGGUAUCAGUGUCACUACGGGCACGACGCCGUCUGGAGAAGUUGUGAUUAUUGAAGACGAUGACGCCACGGAGGAGGCUGAGCGUGAAAGAGGCUGCAAAAAGGGGAGGGUCAGUGGUAGUGGUAAAGGGGGUGAAACGGCGUCGUUGAAGGGCAAGGAUGGUGGAGAAUUUGGAGAGUUCAACAGAGGUGAAGUGGAUGGAUUAUUUUGCCCCAUCUGCUUUGAAGCCUGGUCUUCUGGUGGUGAUCACCAUAUAUGGCUCGAGCAAGGUUUGAUUAGUUGCCCUCAAUGUAAAAAGAACUGUCGGGUGAAAGACAUUCGUCUACUUUAUGCUACGCAAAUAGUUGCCAUUGAUGGGGAGCUUCAGAAGACAGUACGAUCACUUGAAGCUAAAUGUGCAUCUCUUGAGAAACAGGGCGCUGAGUGGUUUAAUAAGGAACUGGAAUGGAAGAAAAAAGAAAGUGAUUUGUGCAAGCAAGUUCAAUAUCUUGAAGAGCGGACUCGAAACCUGGAGGUCCUUCUAAAAAAUGAGGAAUGUAGAGCUUCAGGAUCAUCUUCAUCCAAUUGGAAUUCUCUAGGAAAAUCAACCUUAGGACCUGAUGCUAGCAGUAAUUUUCACAUGCAAGGAUGUUCAAAUGAAUAUACAAUACAGAAGAACUUCCAGAUAGAUGGGGCUCGACUCUUUGACGUUGAUUCUUUGAGUGAGAACUAUAUAUUUGCUCGAAGGCUUCUAGGAAUGGGGGGAAUGCACGUGUUAACGAAAGUAUGCGUGUUACAUAGUAACGAGAAGGAAGACAUUCGGCUCCCUGAGAACACAAAAGCUGUUAAGGACCUGCGACUUUCUCCGGAUGCUAGAUUAGUGCUGUUGGCAUCCUUGGGAAAAAAGCUAUCAGUUGUUAGCACAGAGAGCAACAAUACUGUUCUUACUUGGGAUUUGCAGGCUGCUGCCUGGUCAUGUUCAUGGGAUGUUUCCGAUUCUCAUUACGUGUACACGGGCUUGCAGAAUGGCACGGUUUUGCAGUUUGACGUUCGUCACACCACGAGAUAUGUAGAAUCCUUGAAUGGGUUGACUUGCAAUCCAGUCCAUUCAUUAUAUUCUCUUUCACCCUCUUCAUCUCGCAGUUCUUCUACCAGAAACGUUCUAACCAAAAACAUCCUAACGGCAUCUUCACUUGGCUUAUGUCAAUGGGAUUUUGGUGUAAAUCAAGAAAGGCCAUACUUAAUUCCCGGAUCAGACGAGCAAGGGGUUUGUAUUUCUCUAGCUCACUGUAAAACCAGUGACGAUAUUGUCGCUUCAUAUCGUCCUAAAAUCGAGAUAAUCGAUGGCUUCACUAUUUCUCAACCGACACAAAGUGCAGCCUGGCAAGGGACAUGGGGAACGCACAUCUAUUAUGAAAAAAACACUUCUGGUUACGAAAAAUUUCGAGCUAUUUGUGCCAAAGUGAGUGAUAUUAGACUCCCUAAGUCUGCCAUUAUUGAUGGGAUGUACGAAAACCGUUCAUUUGCUUCUGGAGAAGAGUCGACUGGUGAACUCGUGCUGUAUGACUUGCCGUUUUUAUCGGAUUCUGGUCGACUUAAACUCACGAGCAAUCCUAUUCGUGAUGUGAAGUAUGUCCGCGGUUUGCAUUCGAAACUACUGAGCUGUUUGAGUGAGGAUACUCUGCAGCUAUAUACACAGCAGCUAAGAGAUUGAGAAUGUAGAAAUUAAUCUGUGUAUUACUGAUGAUUAUUUAUUAUUAUGUGAAGUUCGAGUGCAGAUUGUCUUGAUAAAUAAUUCGAAUUAGACCUUUUUUUUCCGAAGUAAUAUUGUUUUAUAUACAAUAGUUUCAUUUUGAGUGUUCAUGGAUAUGCAAUGACUGGAAUUUUGGACGUGGGCAAUGUUUUCA